GGUGGGAAGGCGACGCGCGCUCCGUAGCCGAGUCUGAAGUCAUCCGCGCCCCCGCUGCCGCCCCUAGCACCACCAUCACCGGCCCUUGAUUGUAGAGAAGAUGGAGCCGGUGACCGUUGCUGCAGAAAACGGGGACCGGCCGGGGCCCCCGGCGGGCUCAGGCCUGUCCUCUUCCCAGCGUCGAGCCGAGCUGCGGCGGCGAAAACUGCUCAUGAACUCGGAACAGCGCAUCAACCGGAUCAUGGGCUUUCACAGGCCUGGGAGCAGCGCGGAAGAAGAAAGUCAAAUAAAUUCAAAGCAACAGGACAGUGAUAAAAUGAACUCCCUCAACAUUCCUUCUGUUUCAAAGCGAGUAGUGCUGGGUGAUUCUGUCAGUAUAGGAGCAACUGAGCAGCAGAGUGGUGUGGCCGAAGUAAAGGGGACUCAGCUGGGAGACAAAUUGGACUCUUUGAUGAAGCACCCUGAGUGCAGUAAUGAUGACCUCCGGCAGCGGAACAGAGGGGACCUGACAGCAGACACUGCCCAGAGGGGUCCUCGCCAUGGUUUAGAACAGUACCUCUCCAGAUUUGAAGAAGCAAUGAAGCUAAGGAAACAACUGAUUAGUGAAAAACCCAGUCAAGAGGAUGGAAAUACAACAGAAGAAUUUGACUCUUUUCGAAUAUUUAGAUUGGUGGGAUGUGCUCUUCUUGCCUUUGGAGUCAGAGCUUUUGUUUGCAAAUAUUUGUCCAUAUUUGCUCCAUUUCUUACUUUACAACUUGCGUACAUGGGACUAUACAAAUAUUUUCCCAAGGGUGAAAAGAAGAUAAAGACAACAGUAUUAACAGCAGCACUUCUGCUAUCUGGAAUUCCUGCUGAGGUGAUAAAUCGAUCCAUGGAUACCUAUAGCAAAAUGGGCGAAGUUUUCACAGAUCUCUGUGUCUACUUUUUCACUUUUAUUUUUUGUCAUGAACUGCUUGAUUAUUGGGGUUCUGAAGUACCAUGAAACCUGCAGAGUUCAGAAGAAGAAACUUAAAAACAACUUGUCUUCUGUGUUGCAGUGUCCCUACAGGAGCCAGACAGGUUCACACCUUCAUGUAAUGCUUUACUUUAUAGGACUUGUAAACUACUUGAUUAGGAAUGAAAUGACAGGUUCUCUGAUUUAAAAGGGUUGACUUUGUAAUUAAUAGUGAUGUGAAGAAUAGAGUACCUUGUUAAUUGAUUUUCCUUGAUGAACUAGAAUCCCCAAUCUACACCUUUUCCAAUCUUACCAAAUUUAUAAUUCCUUUGAGGGGCUGACCUAGUGUUUUAGGGAGAUCAAAUAAACAUGGUCUCAGAUAGCCCCAAGGGACUGUAUCUUGUAUUUGUGUUGUUAUGUCCUCAGCAGUGGAGCCAUCUUAAAAUAAAAUGUAAGAAACUGAAUUGUCUAAUGUUAAGUCUGAACAUAUAAAGGGCUGAAUAAGGUAGCCAAUUUGA